CUCGGUCGAGGUUCGGUUGUGUUUUGCGUUUUUUGUGUUAUUUAUUAUUUUGUGAAUGCCGUGUCGUGUUUCAUUUAUUAUAUUAUAUAUGUAUUAACACCAUAAAUCAUGCCGGUGUUCCAUACUAAGAUAAUCGAGAGCAUUUUAGAGCCGGUAGCUCAACAGGUCUCUCGUCUGGUGAUACUUCAUGAAGAGGCAGAAGAUGGUAACGCUAUGCCGGACCUGGCACGGCCGGUGCAGGCCGUGUCGCUGGCUGUUAAUAAUUUAGUCAAGGUGGGUCAUGAAACAAUCGAGUCGUCUGACGAUGCAGUGCUUCGGACUGACAUGCCGGGUGCGUUGCGGCGAGUGGAAGGAGCAGCCACACUGUUGCAGCAGGCUUCGGAUAUGCUCAGAGCAGACCCUUAUUCUGGACCUGCUAGAAAAAAACUCAUCGAAGGUUCCCGCGGUAUUCUGCAAGGGACGUCGGGGCUACUGCUCUGUUUCGACGAAUCGGAAGUGAGGAAAAUUGUAAAAGAGUGCAAGAAGGUGCUAGACUAUCUAGGUGUUGCAGAGGUGAUAGAUACAAUGGAAGACCUGGUCCAGUUCUUGAGAGAUAUUUCACCAGCUUUAUCGAAAGCCGCUAGAGAGGUCGCGUCCAGGGCGGCGGAACUAACCCACCCCCCUCACGCGGAGACUCUCACUCGUUGCCUGGAGAGCGUCAAGCGGCUCGCUCCCGUCCUCAUCUGCUCGAUGAAGAUAUACAUACAUAUAUUAUCUGAGGGAGGUAAAGGAAUUGAAGACGCCGCUGAAAAUAGAAAUUAUUUAGCACAGCGCAUGGCUGACGAGAUACACGAAAUUAUUCGAGUUCUACAGCUAACAUCGUACGUCGAGGACGGCGGCGAGAAGGACAACGUCGCCGUACUGAAAGCUCUGCAGAGCAUGAUCCAAAACAAGUCGGCGGCGGCGCACGAGUUCCUCGACGACGGCGGCGCGCUGCGGACGAGCGCGGGCGAGCGCGCGCUGCGGGGGGUCCUCACGGCCGCGCAGCGCGCCGCCGAGCACGUGGCGCCCGCGCACGCGCAGCGCCUGCGGGCCACGGCGCGGUCCGGCGGCACCAACGCGGAUAUGCUGUGCGACGAGCGGCAGUACGGCCACGGGAUGGAGCCGAAGGCUCAAGCCCUCGCUUCUGAGCUACGGAACCAAAUCAACGAAAUAGAGAAUAUAGUGAAUGAGGGUGUCCGAGCGGCGGAGAAGCAAGGCGGCAAGACUAUAGCGGCCAGGCUGGAGACAGCCCACAAGUGGUUACUGCACCCAGCCGCUGAUCCCUCCACCAGGAUCGAGGGGCAGAAGGCCAUCAACAGCAUCGUUUCUCAAGGACAAAGAAUAGCGGACAACCUGCAGGGCCGCGAGAAGGCGGAGGUGCUGCAGCUGUGCGCCGACGUGCAGCGCCGCGCCGACCUGCUCGCCGAGCGCCUCGGCGCCGGGGGCGACGCCGCCGCGCUCACCAGGGAAUUGACGGACAAACUCCACGCGCUGAAGCGUGGGAUGGAGCGGGCGGUCGUGAACCGAGUGGUUGAAGACUUUAUAGAUGUCGCGGCUCCUCUGAGACACUUCACCGACGCCGUUAACGCACCGGAAGGUACUCCCGGGCGUGAACAAAACUUCCAGGAGAAGUCUGCAGCGUUAGCGGCCUUCAGUCACAAAGCCGCCGCCGCCGCGAGUAUGGUCGCUGAAGGCGUGCGACACAAUAAGCGGCUGGCUGACCAGCUCAUCCACAAUGCUCAGGAGGUAGAAAAAUUGUCUCCACAAUUGAUCUGCGCUGGGAAGAUUCGCCUCCACUAUCCAGAGAGCAAGGUCGCCGAGGAACACUUCAACAACCUUCGCGACCAGUAUUCGGAUGCGGUGCUCCGCUGCCGGGACCUCUGCGAUCAGGCCGUGGACCCGCUGGACUUCGUACGGACCGCCGGCGAAUUGAUGCAGAAACACACGUACCUGUGCGAGGACGCCAUCAGGAACGACGACUCGCAGAAGAUGGUCGACAACACCUCCGCCAUCGCGAGGCUGGCCAACCGCGUGCUGCUGGUGGGCGGCGCCGAGCGCGACAACACGGACGACGGCGACUUCGCGGGCGCGCUGGGCGCCGCGCACGCGCGCCUGCAGGCCGCCAUCGCGCCCGCCGUGCGCGCCGCCAAGCGCGUCGCGCUCGCCGACCGCGCCGCGCCGCCGCUGUGGCGCCGCGCCAACGCAGAGAUCCUCGCGAGCGCCAGCGGCGUGGAGGAGGCGCUGUCGCGCGCGGGCGCGCCCCCCCCGCCGCCCGCCGCGCCGCCGCGCCCCCCGCCGCCCGCCGGCGCCGCCCCGCCGCGCCCGCCGCCGCCCGACACCGACGACGAGGGCGAGGACAUCUUCCGCCGGCAGCCGCACCCCAGCCAGCCCAUCCUGGUGGCGGCGCACAACCUGCACAAGGCGGUGCGCGAGUGGUCGUCGAAGGACAACGAGAUCAUCGCGGCCGCCAAGCGCAUGGCCAUCCUCAUGGCGAGGCUGUCCGACCUCGUGCGCUCCGACUCCAAGGGCAGUAAACGUGAGCUGAUAGCAACAGCCAAGGCGAUCGCUGAAGCGUCCGAGGAAGUGACUCGUCUCGCCAAGAAGCUGGCCCUCGAGUGUACCGAUAAGAGGAUUCGUACCAAUUUGCUGCAAGUGUGCGAAAGGAUCCCUACAAUUGGAACACAGCUCAAGAUAUUAUCCACCGUCAAGGCAACCAUGUUAGGGGCACAGGUGGGCAUGCCGGAUUACAAAGGUAGCGAAGAAGAUCAGGAAGCAACUGAAAUGUUGGUCGGCAACGCGCAGAACUUGAUGCAAAGCGUGAAAGAAACGGUGAAAGCAGCAGAGGGCGCUUCAAUCAAGAUUCGCACGGAGCAGGGCGCGUACCGCCUGCGCUGGGUGCGCCGCUCGCCCUGGUACCAGAUAUAGGCUCGCAGCAUACAUACGGCACACUGAAUUAUUAAAAAAACGACAAUACGUACAUUUAAAAAAUUCUUCUCCAUAUUUCUUAUACCUAUCUAAUCUAAUAUGGCCGCCAGAUAUCAAAAUAUGACACUAACAACUGUCACAGCAUAUGUCAAUGUCGGUGGAAGAAUUUAUUUAAUUCACGAUAUAAAAACUCUAUGAAUCAGUUCAAUAAAAUAUUAAAAGCAAAA